CCCGGGGCGGGAUCUGCGCUGCGCGUGGGACGGGGCGCGGGGCGGGCGCCGCUGGACGGGUCCCCAGGACCGAUCCCUCUCCGAGACCGAGUUCCUCCAGACCUAGUCCGCCGUUCCCAGGGCCGUGCGCCCGCGCCUUGACCCCCAGCGAUGCCUCUGCGCGCGCCCAGGGCGCCCUGAACGCGCGCGUCCGAGGCGGGAGUCGCGCCCCAGCUGGGAGUCCCGCGUGCCUCCGGGUGUCCCUGCGGAGCGCCGCCUCCCUCUGCUCGAGGCCCGGCCGCACUUCUUUCCCUCUUCUCCCCUGCCAGGCUCCGGCGGCGGCCAUGUGGGGCUGACAGUCAGCGCGCGUUCCAGGAGUCCGUGGAGCGGAGGGGACGCGGCCAGGUGGACGCCAGCCCGCUGGCGGGGCGGCACGGGGGUUCGCGAUGGACGCUCAAGGCUUGGAUUGGCUUCUGGUCCCGCUGCACCAGCUGGUUUCCUGGGGGGCGGCCGGGGCCAUGGUCUUCGGAGGGGUGGUGCCCUACAUCCCGCAGUACCGGGACAUCCGGAGGACUCAGAACGCCGAGGGCUUCUCUACCUACGUGUGCCUGGUGCUCCUGGUGGCCAAUAUUUUACGGAUCCUCUUCUGGUUUGGAAGGCAUUUCGAGUCGCCGCUGCUCUGGCAGAGCAUCGUCAUGAUCGUCACCAUGUUGCUGAUGCUGAAGCUGUGCACUGAAGUCCGCGUGGCCAACGAGCUCAACGUCAAACGCCGUUUCUUUGCAGCUGCAGAUAAUAAGGACGAGGAAGUCAAAGUGCCCCCCAGGCGGUCCUAUCUGGACUUUGACCCUCACCACUUCUGGCACUGGAGCAGCUUUGCGGACUACCUGCAGUGUGUCCUGGCCUUCACGGGCAUCGCAGGCUACAUCACAUACCUGUCCAUCGACUCAGCCCUGUUCGUGGAGACUCUGGGCUUCCUGGCCGUGCUGACCGAGGCCAUGCUGGGCGUGCCGCAGCUGUACCGCAACCACCGCUACCAGUCCACGGAGGGCAUGAGCAUCAAGAUGGUGCUCAUGUGGACAAGUGGUGACACCUUCAAGAUGGCAUACUUCCUGCUGAACGGUGCCCCCCUGCAGUUCUCCGUGUGCGGCCUGCUGCAGGUGAUGGUGGACCUGGCCAUCCUGGCGCAGGCCUACGCAUUCUCCCGCCACCCCCCGAAGCCCACCCCCCACGCAGUGCACUCCACCAGUGCCAAGGCCCUCUGAGGCAGCCAGGAGGACAAAGACAUAUGACCGCUGGCUGCAGGCACCGCUGGCCACCUGUCGUCCUGCGUGGGCCCCUGGGACGGUGGACAGGUGGGCCCGAGUGCCGUGUCUGCACUCACUCGCUGGAGAACGGCCUCACCCCUACGGGCGGGGCUGUGGAUGUUUUCAAGGUGAUGAAAAAGCAGGUCUCGCUCUCACUUGCUCUCAGGGCACCUGCGGAACCUGGGAGACGCUCGCAAACCCGGGAGACAGCGGAGCAGGCCUCUGCAGGACAGGUCGUGGGGAGGCUUCUCUGUCUCAGCCUGGACGUGUCCGGUCAACCCGGGCCCGGGGUGCAGAAUGAAAAGCAGCAUUGGGAGCGCUUGGGGCCCAGCACCUCAGGGCCCAUGGUCAGAACAGCUGAGGAUGGAUGUGCUGCUGGAUGGCAUGCGGUGAGGGCACCCUGUGCCAGAAUGGGCCGGGCACAGAGCAUGUGGCCCGGAUCUCGUGUCCACGUGGAAGGGAAGCCACACCAACACACAUGACCUAUGUCCUGGUCCAUCUGGCUGGAGUGGCCUUGCCUGGGCACCUUCAGUGCGGCCUCCUCGUAGGUACUCAGGACUCAGCCCUUGCCUGGGCUCGGUAGGGGGUCCAGAGGCCUUGUUGUGACACUGGCCUCCUCCCACUGGGGGCGAGGGGACAAGCCCAUGUCCGUGCCAGUUGGGCAGGGGCCAGAGCAAGCUCAGGGGUGUCGGAACCAGAGUCUGGAGUUCACUCCAUGAGUCCUAUAGGGUAUGGCAGGGUGCGAGCGCCGAUGUGGGCCAAGCGGGCUGCGCGUGUAUUUUUCCCCCUUUUCCUGGGAAGUGCGCACAUGUGCAGCACAGCCUGUGAUGUUCAUCUUCCAGGACGGGGACACGCUGAGCAGCCCCACCCCCCACACAAUGAGCUGAUGGGCCUGAAGUGACCUUCCAGGGUGGUGGGGUGGCCUGGCAUGGCCAUCCCUGCCCGCCGUCUCCCGUCCGCGUGGUUCUCCAUGUUCGCUGCGUGUGGCGGUGGUGAGGUCACUGGUCUGACACUAGUCCCCACAUUUGUUCCCCUUUCAGUAUUACAUGAGCAUCUCAGCCAGGCCAGCCCUGCACCAGCUCCCAGGCUCCCAAAGGCCAAGUGUUCCAGAUGCUUCCGUGUGGCUCCCACAGGCAUUGUUUUCCCUUCUGCUGGGUGGAGGGGUGGCUCUCUGUGCAUUAUCAGCACUGUCUGUGGCUGGUGCCAAAGCUCUUAAAGUGUCUGCGGUGGCCGGUGAGAAGCGUUUGAAGCGGUUUCCUCCUCCCGAGUUUUCCUCAAAAACUCCUGAAUGUUUGAGGAUUCUGCUUAGUUCUUUGGCCUGUAAGAUGCUUUAAAACACUUAUUUUUAAAAAAUGAAGGGAGAUGUCUGUAGCAGUAGUUGCCUCUAAAUUAAAAUAUCAAUGACUGUAGUGCUGACCGAAUGUGCCAUGUGUGGGGACGCUCAGGGUUCAGUCUAUUCAGCGACUUUAAAUCAAUAAACUGCUCGAGGACCAAG